AUGAGUUGUAUAAGAGGUCAUCGUGUAAAACGAUGCCAGCAUCAUGAUCGUAAACUUGUACCUAUAACUAAGCCUGGUAGACAAAUUAGUCAAUGCUCACAUUGCCGGGAUCUACGAUUGACACACAAAACUCAUGUAAAGUGUAAUUGUGCGAUUGCUCAAGGUAAAGAAUAUUGCUAG